CUCACAACUGGCAAUAUGUUGAUUAUUUUUUUGGAUGUGUUAUAAUGGUAUUCGGAUUUGUAGGAUGCAUGGGAGCAAUUAAGGAGAAUAAGUGCCUACUUCUCACUUUCUUUAUUUUGCUCCUUCUGAUUCUAUUGACUGAAGUUAUCAUGGCUAUUGUCCUUUUUGUUUAUGAAAAAAGAGAUUGGCCCGUAUAUCACAAAUCAGUUGAAAAAUAGUUUUGAGAAGCACAAAGAAAACAACAAAAAUGAAACUAUUUGGGACGAAAUUCAGUCGACUAUGACAUGCUGUGGAAUCAAUGGUUCAAAUGACUGGGGUAAUUCAGUUCCACAUUCUUGCUGCCCUGCAGGAUCAAAAGUGUGUACCGAUAAAGAGAUCUUUAAACAGGGGUGUUCAGCCGCUUUCACAACGUGGUUUGAGAAUAAUUUCCUGUAUGUUGGGAUCGUGACCAUCUGUACUUCCAUUAUUGAGGUAUUAGGAAUGUCUUUCGCACUGACUUUGUAUUGCCAUAUUUCCAAAAGCAGUGGCUCGAUGAAUUCAAAGUGA